GCACUCCCCCUCCUCCUCCUGGCGGGGCCUCUGGGCUCCUGCCUGUUCCAGCAGCUCCUGUCCUGCCUGCUCCUGGGAGGAUGGAGGCCACCGGGCUACCCGUGGCUAGAAGGUGCUGUUUGGAGGCCCUGGAGAAGUUCUUCCCUCGCCUCUGCUUCCUCUGCUCCCUGGUGACCUAUGCAGUAGAGGGUGCCACCCUCUUCUCAGCCAUUGAGGGCAGCCACGACCUGCAGGCAGAUGACCCCGAGUUUGAGGUGUUCUUGGAGAAGCUCUGUGGCUUCUUGGGAUGCAACACAACAGUUGAGGAAGGCAGGAAGCAGGAUCUCCAGGAGCUGCUGCAGAAGAAGCCCCAGUGGUUUAGCAGCUCUGCAGACUGGUCCUUCCUGAGCUCACUCUUUUUCUGCUGCACAGUCAUCAGCACGGUGGGUUACAGCCACAUCUACCCUGUCACCAGGCUCAGCAGGUACCUGUGCAACCUCUACGCCCUCUUUGGCAUCCCCCUGAUGUUCCUGGUCCUCAUGGACAUAGGUGACAUCCUGGCAACCAUCUUAUCCAGGUCUUAGAAUCUAUUCUAGAAACUCCCUUUCUGCUCCUGCCCCCUUCCCAAGUGAUGCUCCUGACGCCUGUAAAAGCAGGUGUGACACCAGGCCUGUGGACAUCCCCCCAGGAUUGUCAUCAAUGCCCAAAACGUCCAAGGCCCCAAACUUGGCAGCGGCUCCUCAGUCCCAAGCAGCAGUGUGGAGCUGUUUGAGAAACUUCUAGCACGAGAGAAAGAAAACACACCGCACGUGCCCUCUAGGACCAGGGAGAGGAGCACCUCGUGUCCCGAGAUGAUGUGCAGGCAGCUCUCCUCCUCCAUCAUCAGCAACCUGGGGCAGCCGCUGGAGGGGCUGGACAGCCCCCUCCCCGUCAUCACCCCCGUGGUCCUUGCCUGCAUUUCCUGUGCGGCCGCCAUCCUCCCCAUCUGGGCGAAGCAGCUGGACUUCGAGAGCGCCUUCCAUUUCCGCUUCGUCACGCUAACCACCACGGGGCCUGGGGACGUGGUGUGAGUCCCUCACUCCCUCCGGCCCAUCUCCAUUUACAUCAUCACUGUGGAGAUGGCGUACACUGCUUUCACGCUGGUGCGAAACAGGCUGAUCCACAUCCACGAAAGCCUCAGGCUAUUCUUUGCACACGGGAAGUUUCAGCCUCCUGUUAAAAAGCAAGGCUCCCUUGGCUCUCAUGUGACAAUGCCGCUGGCCCAGCUGGCUCUCUUGUCCUCUUUAGGGGCAGUGGAGUUAGAACUGGUGGCAUUGCAGCCUGUCACCUGA